AUGACAAUCCCAACCUUCAUCGAAACCACCCCAGAAACCGUCCCAACUGCCGCCGCACGCGUCCGCGAAACGUUCCGGGCGCACAAAACCCGCCCCGUCGAAUGGCGGAUCAAGCAGCUCCGCAAGCUCUACUGGGCCAUCGACAAGCAUGAAGCCGAUCUACGGCUCGCCCUCGAGCGAGACAUCGGCAAAGGCCAGUUCGACGCCAUGCUGGGCGAGAUCAACUGGGUCAAGAACGACAUCGUCUACGUUACCACCCACCUCAAGUCCUGGAUGAAGGACGAGAAACCCACGGACAUUGACUUCGCCAACCGCCUCGUCAGCCCCCGGAUCCGCAAGGACCCCUAUGGUGCCGUGCUGGUCAUCGGGCCCUUCAACUUCCCGCUCCAGCUCUGCUUAUGCCCAUGCAUAGGCGCGAUUGCUGGCGGCAACACCAUCGUCCUCAAACCCUCCGAAUCCACCCCCAACUGCAGCGCCAUGAUCCAACUCCUCUUCACCGAAGCCCUCGACCCGGACGCCUUCACCGUAAUCCAAGGCGCCAUCCCGCAAACCCAAGCCCUCCUGGCCGAGAAAUGGGACAAGAUCUUCUUCACCGGCUCCGUCAGCACCGCCAAAAUCGUCGCCAAAGCCGCCGCCGCGCACCUGACGCCCACCGUUUUCGAGCUCGGCGGCAAGAACCCCGCCAUCGUCACCGCCAAUAUCAACGUCCCCAACACAGCCCGCCGCCUCCUCUGGGCCAAGAACAUGAACGCGGGGCAACUCUGCAUGUCGCCCAACCACGUCCUCGUCGAGCGCAAGAUCCUCCCUCAACUGAUCACCGAGCUGAAAUCGGCAUACGCCGAAUUCUACCCUUCCGGCGCAAAAGGCACAGAGGACUGGUGCAAGAUCGUCAAUCUUAAAUCCUUCUCCCGCCUGCAGAAACUCCUGGACGCAACCACUGGCACUAUUCUCCUGGGAGGCGAAACCGACGCCGAGCAGCUAUACGUCGCGCCCACCGUCGUCCUCGUCAAAGACAUGCACGAUGCCCUCCUCGCAGAGGAAACGUUCGGGCCCUUCCUCACUUUACUACCAGCCGAAGCAGAUGCCGUCCUGGCCCAGACUCGCUCGGGGGGAGCGACUAUCAAUGACACGUUAUUUCACGCGAUUAUCCCGACGCUGGAUUUUGGCGGGGUGGGGGAUUCCGGGAUGGGCGCGUAUAGAGGUAGAGCCAGCUUCGACGCGUUUGUGCAUAGACGGAGUAUAGCGAAGACGCCGAACUGGGCGGAGAGGAUAAUGAAGAUGCGGUAUCCGCCAUAUGCGGGGACGAGUAAAUACAAGACCUUCGAUGCGAUGCAAAGGAGGAAUGUGAAUUUUGAUAGGGAGGGCAAUGAUAAAGUUGCGUGGUGGGUGUUGGUCUUGACGCUGGGAGGGAGGAAAGGGGUGCUCAGGUGGAUUGGGUUGGUGUUGGCGACGGUGGGGCUGAAGAGGGGCGGGGAGGGAGGUGAGAGUAAGGUGUAG